GCAGCUUCAGCUUCUGCCACUCAACCCAAAUGCUAUCCCUCUGCCUGCCAGUCUCUCUCCACCGAGUAAACUGAAAACCUCGUCGUAGCUAUUUAUUAGGUAAUCUUUAUUACUCAUCAUCAAGGUCAUUGAGUCCAUAUACAUUUAAGUUAUUAUGGAUCCAGAUAUGGAGAACCAGGCAGUAACAGACAGGUAUAGCAGCGCACCAUGGCGCAGCGGUGGGAAUGAUAAAGCGUUGGAAAUCCACGGAGAGUCCCAAAAUGUGAUAACAAAAAUAAAGAAGAUUUUUGAUGUGCGUCAGGAUCAGGGGACUCACCUUAGAAUGUGGAACAGUAUAUUUGUGAUCUCCUGUGCAUUUGCUGUCUCUCUGGAUCCUUUGUUCUUUUAUGUUGUGAAUUUCAAAGAGGAUGAAAAGUGCCUUCAUACGGACGAAACGUUGGAAAUUGUUGCUCUUGUUUUGCGAUCACUCACGGAUGUCAUUUUCCUCGUGCAUUUGAUAUGUGAAAUUUUAGCCCUCAAAAUGAAUAUCUCGAAAAAUGAACAGUCCGAGGCAGUGAAACAAACUGGGGGAAAUUCCGGUAAGAAAUGGAAAGCCAGAGGGUUGAUUCAAUAUGCCAGAGAGUUGAUUCAAUAUGCCAUUGCCAGGAAAAUAAUUCAGAAUAUGUUAUCCAUCAUAAUUGACGUUUUAGUUCUUAUUCCCCUCCCACAACUGAUAAUACUAAUGUUUUACCCAAGGGAAGGCUCAGGAUUUGUGGAACACAAAACGUUUGUGAAUGUGUUUCUUCUCGGUCAAUAUGUUCCGAGGGUUCUUCGAAUUCACUUGUCGGCCAAGGCAUUCAAAAGGAUGAAUGGGAGAUGGGCUAAGGGUCUUUUCAACUUGUUUCUCUACGUUCUUGCCGGACACGUACUCGGAGCUUUUUGGUACUUUUUUUCUAUUCAACGAGCGGUAUCAUGUUGGUAUGAGGCUUGUAAACAAUGUAUUGGUAAUUGCGAGGACACUUUGUACUGCGAUAGUGCGCAAACUACCAGACCUCUAAACCAGACUUGCUUGGUUACUGUGAAUUCUACUGCAAUAAAUAUGACCGAAUAUCUAAAGUAUAGUUGCCCGUUGGAUACUCCAGAUGGUGCUUCACCUCGAUUUAACUUUGGAAUAUUUCUCGAUUCCCUUAAAAAUGAAAACCCAGAUCAAGAGUUCGGAAAGCAGUUUGUAUACUCCUUUUGGUGGGGCUUGCGAAAUCUAAGUAAUUUUGGGACAAAUCUGGUCACAAGUACGUAUGUGUUGGAAAACUUGUUUGCGAUUCUCAUUUCAGUCAUUGGCUUGCUACUGUUUGUAUAUCUCAUUGGAAACGUGGAGGCUUUUAUACUGAUGGGAGCUACAAAAACAGUGGACAUGAGACGACAAAGUAAAAAAAAACAGGAAGCUGAAAAAGCACUUAAGAAAAUACCAAUGCUUAAAGACAUGGAUGAAAAAGUGUGGAAGAAGAUGUGCGAAUAUCUAAAGCCAGCGACGUACAUUGAGAACAGCUUCGUUUUUCGAACAGGAGAUCCACUCGAUUGCAUGUUGUUCGUUAUCAAAGGGACAUUGUGGACCUACGCGUCGAGUGAUAGUCAUGUUGGGCAAGGAAUCUCAUCAAUGGCCAUCAAGCUCCUCAGGGAAGGUGACUUUUACGGGGAAGAGCUUCUCGAUUGGGCAUCAGACUGUUUCACCGAAGUUCCAGUCUCCAGCAAACAUGUCAAAAGUCGGACAAAAGUAGAAGCAUUUGUGCUCAUGGCCGAGGACUUGGCAACUGUAGUCUCUCUACUCAGACCACAUAAUCGUAACAAUCCUGAAGAGGUGGAGAAGGUGACACUUUCUGCUGUUCUUCGUUUCCAUACCAAGGCGCAACGACGUCCGCCUCCGUCCCUGGCUUAAAUAGGGGAUGACAAUAGUAAGACCUUGCCAUCUGCAGCAAGUAAUUAGUAUCUUCAGAAACGUCGAAGUAUAGACGCUUUAUGGCCAAGAGUUCCAUACACAACCUAGCUGCGUAGAUUUUGUAUAAGCUCUGGCCUCAAAAUAAUAUUAUUACUGGUUGAGAAUUAGCCGUACGUUUCAAUAAUUAAGCAGUGGUAGCCACAAUACCAUUUCUCUCAAAGAUAUGUUUAUGUUGGUCAUGGUCUGAAACAUUUGCAGUUAUGAGGUUUAAGUUAUUAGGCAUGGAAAGCUCUAAACCUUAUAUAUCGUGCUUGAUGUUCUGUAUGGUAAUUCACUAUUUCAAGGCAGUUUUUGAGUUUUUAA